AUGAAAAUUUUUGAAUAGAGUUUUGGAAAAUAAGAAGGUUUUCAAAAGACCGCUUAAUUCUUUAAUCCAUCAAUUGGCAAAAUGAAUGAGCACGUUUAAAAAAGAAGGAGGGAAAACUCAUUACCCCAAUAGAACCUUGAAGCUAUAAAAUCAAUAUUGUCUAAAACAAAAAUACUUCAAAAAAAUGUGCUUUGUAGAAAAACUACCAUACAUUAAAUGAAUGAUUGCAAACAAGAGAAUAUCCUUAGUCAUCAAAGCACGAAAUAAAGUACUAAACAAAGUACUCGAUUAAGCACAUAAGAUUCCUAAGAUCUUAGUAGUAAUAUUCCUAAGAUUGUGGAUUUGAAUAUAAAGCAUCCGAUCAAUUCUUUUAGUGUUUAUAACUAAAAGUCUAGUUUCCACAUUAGAAAGCAGACACUCAAAGAAUAUAGCAGCUAAACAACUCAGUAGAUAGAGAAUAAUUCUAUGAUAAGCAAAAUUUCCAAGAGUUUGGAAGGCAAAAAAUAUCUAAUAAAGGUGAAGAAUCCUUAUGGAGAAUCAAAAGAAUAACAAACACAGCCAACAAGAAAAUAUUCUUCUAAAUCGUUCAUAAACCAAAAGGCUCAAAUUAAAUUGGUAAAUAGAAUAUUUUCUUCAAGAUCAGAGAGUUUAUAAGAAUGA